UCUCUCUUUUCUUUUUCUGGGCAACAUUUUGGGGGAGAUCCAAUUGCGUCCUGGUUAUGCUUUGACGGAAAACUGCCGAAGGAGCGAGGCUGGCAAACCGCAAAGCUAGCUAAAAGGCGACGAGGAAGCAAGGGGCAUCGCGGAUCCACCCAAGUUUAUCCUGGUCAUCUGAGCUUCGUGAGCCGUGGAUUAAACUAUCUCAUUUUUCUAUCAUCUGUUAGGGAUCUAAGAAGCUUCACUUCUAGCUGGAUGAAAAGAAAUUUUAAUAUGAAGGCAUUAUUUUUAGAAGUGCAGUACGAAGAAGUGCCUAAUGCCUUAGAUUUGAUGAAACAACACAAAAUGGGUAGAGAGAAGGAUGAUGGAAGAAAGAAUUGCAGUAGCAGCAGUUUCUCGCAUCCUCAGAACAAGAGCCAAAAGGGUAACUGUUUAGGGUGCCUCCCUGAAGAUGCCUUGUUUGAUAUCCUCACUUGGCUUCCUGCUGAAUGCCUCCUUAGCAGUGCAAGGUAUACUUGCAAAUAUUGGGCUGCAAUGAUCUGCAGUUCUGAUUUUGCUGAGAAACACCUCCUCCGGUCAAAACCUGGUAUUUUCCUUCAAAGCACAAAGCGUCCAUAUGGUGCCUGGUUCUUGGAUGUUAAAGAUAAUGGGGAGUUUGGUGUGACUACUUUAAAUCCUGAUUUUCCUGGACGUUUUGUGAAUAGUUGUGAUGGCUUGAUCGUACUUUACGAAAAUGCUAGAGGAGUUCUUAAUGUUACAAACCCUGUUACCAAACAGCGUGUUAAGGUUCCUAUGUUACUCAGUCCCAAUCUGAUGUAUCCUCCAUGUGCUGUAGUACGUGUUCCUCGCACUGGGGAAUUCAAACUGUUUGCUUCUCGUGUCCUGACUGAGUCUGAAGUUUGUUAUUGCCACUGGCAUGUUCUUAGACUUGGGAAAGAUAGUGCUUGGACAAGAAUUUCUGUAGAACCCGGUGAUUUUGAGUUUAGAUGCACCCCGAUCUACACCGGAGGCAAUGAUCUUUAUUGGAUCACAGAGAAGCGAGUGAUUGUGAUGGACGUUGAGAAGGAAACAUUUCAGCAGUUUCCGCUUCCACAGGGGCCUCAUCGAUGGUAUGCACAAUACUUGAAGAUGGAGAAUCGUCUCGCUUCCGUUAUCUGGGUGGCCGGAGAAGGGUUUCAAAUGCAAGUAUUUGACCCUGAUUCGGGAAACUGGAAUCUCUAUCAUGAGAUGAAAUGCUUGGAUUAUCCUACGGGCGACAUUGAAUUUCUAUCAGAAUUUUUUGCUUUGUGGAUAAACCAAGAACUGAUUAUUAAACUAAUCCUUCUACCCACUUUGAAUACAUUAUUUUUCAGUUAUGAUAUGAAGACAGGAGGAAGGCUCAAAAAGAUUGACGCCAUCCAGGAAGGUUCCUUUGAUGUCGGUCUUCAUACCAAUAGCCUAGUUUCGUGGAAGAAUACUCUGCCGUUAUCGAGCCUACGUUCCUGACCGAUGCUUUCCUCAUGAUGUGUGUACUUUCUUUGUUUUGUAGGGGUAUGUAAUGUGACUUCUGUAGCACCGUAUUUUGCGUAUUUUGGUUUUGAUAAAAUAUUGAUACUAGUAUAUCUUGUUGGUA